AUGGCCGAUCGGGGAGAAAUCCCCGAAAAGGGUAUCGAAAAAGGCCCUUAUGACACCGUGUCGAGAGAAUCGCCAAACAAUCGGGAUCCGGGAGUGCUGGUAGAUCCUGAUGCGCUGCAGUAUGGAGACACGCAGAAUGAUCUCGCUGAUAUGCAGCGCUUGGGAAAGAAGCAGGAAUUCAAGCGAAAUUUCAGUUUACUUUCGACUCUGGGGUUCAUAUCGAUUUAUAUGGCGACUUGGGAAUACGUCUUAGUGUCAUUGAGCACAGGUCUCACCAAUGGCGGCUUUGGAGGGCUAUUCUGGGUCUUCAUUGCAACGGUUGUGUGUUACAGCUCAAUUGUCGCCUCGCUUGCUGAGAUGGAGUCCAUGGCACCAACCAGUGGAGGGCAAUAUCACUGGGUCUCCGAAUUUGCACCUGCUGAGUAUCAGAAGUUCUUGAGCUAUGCUGCUGGCUGGAUGUCUACCUUGGGAUGGCUUUCAGGCGUAUCUAGCAGUGUGUUUGUGAUGACCACUCUUAUUCAAGCGAUCAUCGAUGUCGCUAAACCCGACUACGCCUUCACGGCCUGGCAAUAUACACUCAUUAUGCUGGCAUCACUACUAGUAACUAUUGUUUUCAAUACUUGGUGGGCUAGAGCACUCCCGGCACUUGAGACGAUGUCACUAUUUGGUCAUUUGGGUGGAUUGUUACUCACAAUCAUACCUUUAUUGGUCAUGGCUCCCAAGAACUCUGCACACGUCGUUUUCGUUGAAGUCGUCAACAAUGGUGGAUGGAGCAAUACUGGAACUGCCUGUCUCAUCGCCCAGGUUUCAGUCAUCUAUUGUAACCUUGGUAGUGAGCACGAUGAUACUAAUCGUAUGGCAGGCUCCGAUAGUGCGGUACACAUCUCAGAGGAAGUCGAAGAUGCAUCCUUGAACGUUCCUCGAGCCAUGUGGUGGAGCUAUGUCAUGAACGUGAUCCUAGGUAUCGCCAUGCUCAUCACCAUGCUUUUCUGCAUUGGAGAUUUGGAUACGGUUCUCGGCUCAAGUGCUCCGUACCUCACACUGUUCCAAAACACAGGAUCUAAUGCCGUUGCCUUUGUGCUUAUGAUAUAUCUCUUCAUCUUGAUUGCCCUUGGAAACAUCACCGCACUCGCCACUACUUCCCGAGAGCUGUGGGCUUUUUCUAGAGACAAAGGUUUCCCCUUGUCAAAGUGGAUCUCAAAGAUGGACCACAAACACAAUGUCCCCAAUAAUUCCGUCUAUUUGACCGCCGUUGUAGCUGGUAUCCUCUGUCUCAUCAACCUCGGCUCCACUUACGCAUUCAACAUAAUCGUCUCCCUCAACCUACUCGCCCUCCUCUCAACUUACAUGAUAUCCAUCGGCUGCGUUCUUCGAAAACGUCUACUCAAAGAGGAACUCCCUCCCGCUCGCUGGUCUCUGGGUAGGAUGGGCAUUCCGAUCAAUGCUUUUGCUUUUGUGUAUUCGGCAUUUAUUAUUGUGUUUAGUUGUUUUCCUAUCACACUACCAGUUGGGACGGGUAAUGCAAAUUGGGCUCCUCUAGUUUGGGUCGGGGUUAUCAUUCUGAGUCUGGGCAUUUAUUUCCUACAUGGGAAGAAACAUUAUACACCCCCUGUGGUCUUCGUGGAGGGGAGGAGGGAGGCUGGUGUUGGUCUUCAGGGAGUUUAG